AUGGCUUGUCCAAAGCUCUUCCUGUCUGGUUUGUUGAUUCAGUUGAUGUUCUUGUCUCUUGUUCCUGAGUUCGCUCAUGGUCAGGGUCUCAAGGUAGGGUUUUACCAGAAGACAUGCCCAAAUGCAGAGGCCAUCGUGAAGAAGGUCAUCGGCCAAGUCAUGUCUGUCGCUCCGAGUUUCUCGGGUCCUCUCUUGAGGAUGCAUUUUCACGACUGUUUCGUUAGGGGUUGUGAAGGUUCAAUACUCUUGAACUCUUCGACCCAUCAAGCCGAGAAGGACUCGCCACCGAAUCUCAGCCUUCGAGGUUACCAAGUAAUCGAUAGAGUCAAAACGGCGUUGGAGAAGGCUUGCCCUGCCACCGUUUCGUGUGCUGACAUUUUGGCCAUCGUCGCUAGAGAUGUCGUUGUCGCGACUGGAGGACUUUCCUAUGACGCGGAAACCGGACGAAGAGAUGGGGUCGUUUCCAGCUUUACAGAGCCACUUACCAAUUUAUUACCACCUACGGCCAACAUUACAGUUCUGAAAGCAGGAUUUGCAAGCAAAGGCCUCAGUGUGAAGGACCUUGUCGUCCUAUCAGGUGGGCACACCAUCGGAACUUCACACUGCUCUUCCUUCACCAACCGCCUCUACAACUUCACUGGAAAGGGCGAUGCCGACCCCUCGCUCGACUCCAACUACGCAGCGAGACUGAAGCUCAGGUGCAAGCCGAAUGACCAGACCACCCUCGUCGAGAUGGACCCGGGAAGCGUGAGGACGUUCGACAUCAAGUACUUUGAUCUCCUCUCGAAGAGAAGAGGCCUCCUCACUUCGGACUCCGCACUUCUCGCCGACAGCCAAACCAAGGCGUACCUUGACCUCCAGAUCAAGACCGGUGGAUCCACCUUCUUCAAGGACUUUGGAGUGUCGAUGGUGAACAUGGGUCGAGUCGGCGUGCUCACCGGAACGGCUGGUGAAGUCAGGAAAGUGUGUUCAAAGAUUAAUUAAUUGAGGAUUGACGAUGAAGACACAGGAUUGAGGAUGAAACGAUUGGAAUUAAUGGAUUGCUGUUGUUUACUUUGUUUGUUGGUUCAUCGUUUGUUCUUU